GUUCCUGGGUUUGUGCAGGAAGAGCACUCGGGUCAUUUCAGGGCUGCAGAAGAGCCGAACGCCUUCUCUUAACAGUGUUUUAUUAAUACUUUAAUAUAUGCUCAUUUUACACUGAAUGCACUGAUAAAAUAUAAUGCUUUCGAAAUGGGAUUAAAGAGGUUGUAACAGCAGCUCCACUGUGCCUUAGCCUAGCCCAGCUGACCUGCAGAACUGGACCACUUAAGAGUAGGUUUAGAUUAAUACAUUAAGUCUAGUGUGCUUCUGCAUCCUGACAUGGAGUCUUUUGGAGCCAUUGGCACCGUGCUUGGAUGCUCUGUGGCUGUUGCUGUGGGUGUGCUUGUGUUUUCAGCCUACAAACUUGGCUUACUGUACCAGUUGUUUCACAAGACUGAGACGAAGAGCCCACGACAUGGCGGUGAGAGUGUGGCAGAGGUGCUCCGCGCCCACGGUGUCAAGUACCUUUUCACACUUGUCGGCGGUCACAUCUCACCCAUCCUGGUGGCUUGUGAGAAGGUGGGCAUCCGCAUUGUGGACACUAGACAUGAAGCCACUGCCGUCUUCGCUGCCGAUGCUGUGGCGAGGCUCUCAGGAACUGUUGGUGUAGCAGCAGUGACUGCUGGCCCGGGCCUUACUAACACAGUGACCGCAGUGAAGAAUGCUCAGAUGGCUGAAUCUCCUUUGCUGCUCAUGGGAGGAGCUGCUGGCACCUUACUCCAGGGCAGAGGAGCACUGCAAGAUAUCGACCAGAUGUCUCUCUUCAAGCCGCUGUGUAAGUUCUGUGCCUCCAUCAGGACCAUCAGGGAGAUCGUGCCUACUGUCAGGAAAGCCCUGGCCAUCGCCCAGUCGGGGACUCCUGGUCCUGUUUUCAUAGAGUUCCCCAUCGACACGCUCUAUCCCUACCAUCUUGUGUCCAAAGAGUUUGGAGUGAAGAACCCUCCCAAAGGCCUGAUGGGCAAAGUUGUUUCAUGGUACCUCAAUAACCACCUCAUGAACCUCUUUGCUGGAGCCUGGGAGACCAGAGAUGUGUCUCCACUUCCCGUUGACAUCCCGCAAGCCACAGACGAUCAGGUACAAAAGUGCAUAGAGCUGGUGAGCCGAGCGAAGAAACCUGUAAUUCUGCUGGGUAGCCAAGCAACUCUACCCCCAACCCCGGCCGAUGACAUAAGGAAGUCAUUGGAGGACCUGGGCAUUCCCUGCUUCCUUGGUGGAAUGUCCCGUGGCAUGCUGGGUAGAGACAGCCCAAUCCACAUCAGACAGAACAGACGAGAUGCCCUGAAGGAUGCCGACUUGGUGCUCUUAGCAGGCACCGUGUGUGACUUCCGGCUGAGCUAUGGCAGAGUUCUUAACAGACGCAGUAAGAUCAUCGCGAUCAACAGGGAUAAGACGCAGCUGCUGAAAAACUCAGACAUGUUCUGGAAACCAACAAUGGCAAUUCAGGGUGAUGCUGGUUCGUUCUUAGUACGGCUUUCCAAAGGCCUGAAGGGCCACCGCUGUCCAGAGGAAUGGCCUCAGCAGCUCAAAGCAGGAGAUGUCACCAAAGAAAGUGUAAACAGGGCCAAAGCUGAUGAGAAGACCGAUCACCACUUGAAUCCCUUGAAAGUCCUCCACUGUGUGGAUGAGCUGAUGGCAGAGGACAGCAUCAUUGUGGCUGAUGGGGGGGAUUUUGUUGGAAGUGCUGCUUACAUAAUGAGACCAAGAGGGCCCAUGCGUUGGCUGGAUCCAGGAGCGUUUGGGACCUUGGGAGUUGGAGGAGGAUUUGCCUUGGGGGCAAAGCUGUGCCGGCCUGAAUCUGAGGUGUGGAUAGUGUACGGCGACGGCUCCUUAGGAUACAGUGUUGCAGAGUUUGACACAUUCACUAGACACAAGACACCAGUUAUUGCUGUGGUGGGAAAUGACGCAUGUUGGAGUCAGAUAGCCAGAGAGCAGGUUCCCAUACUGGGCAGCAACGUGGCGUGUGGCCUCGCGUUUACAGAUUAUCACAUAGUGACAGACGGCUACGGUGGUAAGGGCUACCUCGUAGGGCGCGAGGACGAGGACAGGCUAAGCGACAUCAUCAGAAAAGCUCAGAGGGAAACCCAGGAGGGCAAGGCUACACUUCUCAAUGUUCUGAUAGGAAAGACCAACUUCAGAGAGGGCUCCAUCUCUGUAUAAGGCAGCAGCUGUUUCUUUAAACUUCUUCUUCUUCGUUCUACCUUUGGCUCUUCAUAGACUUUACUAGGUAUAAGGCUCUAUGUAGGGUUUCAGGGAGUAGGAAGAUACUGCAGGAUACUGUGUAGAGCCCUGUCCUGCCCUGACCUAUGCUAAUCCUUUGUGCCCUUAAAGCCAUAUUUCCCCUUGGUAAGAGGAAAUUACUUUACAGUUUGCUGAUCUCCUUUAAGAGUGAACAAACCAUCAGUUGCAAUAUCACUUUCUUCCCUCUUGAUACUAGUAAAAAAAAUCAAUCUAGCAAGACACCGGAGUCAUGACCCGGAUAUUUCAAUAUCAAAGGGUGACUGUUAAUAAACCUGCAGGUUCUGUUAUUUACUCUCAAGUUCUACUGAAAUACUACAGCUCCAGAUCUGCCAGACUAGUUGUGCAUCAUGCAACUUCCAGGUUCAUGUAGUGCUAUUCAAUAGAAUUGCUGCAUCUUAAUGAAGGGAAAGAGUGAAAAGUAAGAAUUUUGCUUUUUUAAAAGGGAUUGUACCUCUUCAGGAGUUCGGGGUUUGACUUUUGACCUUUAACACAGCCUAUAACUGUUUUGCAAAUAAGCCAGUAACUGAAAAUGAGAAUUGGUUUCAGUUAUCAAAUGCAACCAGUAUGCCUUUUCUCCUGUUAUCAAAUGAACAUGGAGUCUUUUUAUUAGUCAUGAAACCUUACAGCUGUAAUAUUCUAUAUUCCUUGAUGAUUUGAUUAAAAAUGUUAAAUGGAAAAUAUUUUUUUGAAUGUUGAAGAUUGACAAAUGGUAUGCCUUUAAUGUUUGAUUGUAUCUUUGAAUGCAUUGAUAUGUUUAGAUUGAAAAUGUGUCUGCUGAUUCAGAUAUGUAUUUGAAUUUUUAAUACCAACUUGCAUUGAUGUGGGUUAUUAUUUCAAAUAUGCCUAUAAUCAAUAUGUAUGCACUAUAAUUAUAACUUAUUUACUCACCAGGUGAACAUGUGUGAAUCAUCUCACUCCAAUAUAUAUAUAUUGCUGUUUUAUUUGGUACUUUGAAGGGGGUUAUGUCAAACUUUUAAUCCUACAAUGUUGAUUUGCGUUAAUUCUCAAAUAAAUUGGA